UUCAAAUUCGUCGCACCUUAUGCAUUAGGUUAUUUUGACCUGAGAAAUUUUGACAACUACUGCGAUCCGUGUAGUCUUCAUUGAUUCGGGUUGGAAAACAGCUUGUGUGAAUAUUAUAAAUUUUGUUAACAAUGCCGGAAGCACCAGUACGCAAUCCGCUUGACAGAUUCCUUAACGCGGUGGAAUCGAUGGUAGAUGGUCCCGUUACAUGGUUCCGUGAAACCAUCGUGGAACCGAACCGCAAAACUUACCCCUGGUAUCACCAGAAAUUGCGUCGGGUUCCAACGAUUGAUCAGUGCUACACCGAUGAUCCAGUAUGUUUCUUCGAGGCCAAUCAGCAGUUCAAGCGUGACAAACUAGUAGACAGUGAGAUUCUGAAUAUCUUGCGCCAACGCUUUGAGGAUUGUAUGCUGUAUGAGCAGCCCAACCACAUGAAGAAAUGCCAACCGUUUAUGGAUCAGUACGAGAAAGCAGCGGAAAAUUGGUUUAUUAAAUACGGUGAUCUCGGAGGCUACGCAAACGCAAAAACCGCAUACAUGAAACAGAAACAUCGCAUGGUUUGGGAAAGACGCCACGGACCAGUUGGCUCCGGAAUGAAACAACCGGAAGAUGAACUAUAGGACAAGUCAUCGUUAAAUGAAUAGCAGCUGAUGUGCACACAGCUAGUUGAGGAUUUGUUAUCUCGUAUUGAUUUAUGUAAAUAUAAGAUCAUCCAAUGCUAGAAAGCGAUUCUUGGAAAUUGUUGGAUGAUGAAUCAUUUAACCAUAAAUCAUAAAAUAUAAUUUAUCAUUCAA